UCUAUUUCUUAAUCAACAUCAACAUGUCGCGGGAGGAUAAUGUUUACAUGGCCAAGCUGGCUGAGCAAGCAGAACGGUACGAGGAAAUGGUUGAGUACAUGGAGAAGGUGGCUAAGACCGUAGAUGUGGAAGAGCUCACCGUUGAGGAGCGAAACCUCUUAUCUGUUGCCUACAAGAACGUAAUUGGGGCCCGCCAUGCCUCAUGGCGCAUUAUCUCCUCCAUUGAGCAUAAGGAGGAGUCCCGUAAGAAUGAGGAACAUGUUAUUCAGAUCACGGAGUACCGUGGCAAGAUUGAGGCUGAAUUGAGCAACAUUUGUGAUGGUAUCCUGAAGUUGAUCGACUCUCACCUUGUGCCUUCCUCCACUGCUACAGAGUCGAAGGUGUUUUACCUCAAGAUGAAGGGAGAUUAUCACAGGUACCUUGCUGAGUUUAAGACUGGUGCUGAGAGGAAGGAAGCUGCAGAGAGUACAAUGAUAGCUUAUAAGGCAGCUCAGGAUAUUGCGUUGGUGGAACUGGCAUCUACUCAUCCCAUAAGACUUGGACUUGCACUUAACUUCUCAGUUUUCUAUUACGAGAUUCUGAACUCUCCAGACAAAGCUUGCAACCUUGCCAGGCAGGUAGGUAUCACAUUUGUCUUUCUAUUUGCUGUUGUAGCUUUCUGAGUUGUAACUGUCUUUUGUGUUGCUUGUUUGAAUCUGGGCUGAAAGAAAAGGUGCAAAAUUGAAUGUGAAUUGGUCUUCCAAAACUAAAACACAGAAAUUUUACUGUUUCACUGCAAGUAUUAUUAGAUCCUUCUGUUGCUUGUUCAUCAGAGCAACUGGAUGACUCUGCUGGUUCUAUAUGAUUACUCAUAUGGGCUUUAGUUUCAAGUGGAUUGCGGAUUUCUUUUGUUUCAGUUCACUGUUGGACAUCUGGGCACAAUUGCAUUGUUGGCUACGAUAUGUGCCUCUCUUCAUGCUUUGGUAAUGAGCAUUUUUGGCACUUUUUGCCGCACGAACCAAUACCUUAUCUAGCAGUGGCAGCAGUAAUUCAUCGCCAUACCUUUCUUAUUAAUAUUAUUGUUGUGUUGGUAUGUUGAUCUAGAAGAAUCACAUGGUAUUUGUUGUUGAUUGAGAAAGCUGAUGAUCAUAUGCUAGACAGCACGAAUGCAUGAUGCGUACAAUCUGAGGAGCGAUUUUUUUAUGGCACAUGUGAAUUUUAUUCCUGAUCAACUAUUCUUUGCAGGUGUUUGAUGAGGCUAUUUCUCAGUUGGAUACGCUUGGCGAGGAUUCAUACAAAGAUAGCACCUUAAUCAUGCAGCUCCUGAGGGACAACUUAACCCUAUGGUCCGCUGACAGCACAACGGAGGACGGCAUCGAGGAGGGCAAUGAGGCCUCGAAGGGUGAUGCUGGUGAGGGUCAGUAGUCUGGUAAAACCUCGAUUGAUGGUUCGGCAUGUUUUUGAAGUCCACUGUGUUGGAAACCAUGUUCUAAUAGAAGGCGUCUCCCGCUCCAUGCAUUCCAAGAUUCUGUCCUCCCCCUCCCUCACCCAUGUUGUAGGCUGGUAGUGGUCAAAUUAGUUGGCCCUGGGUCCAAUUGGACUGAUGUAUUGUUUACUGCUAUUGAAGUCAUUCGUUCUCGUUUUGCUCUUGCAGUGGAUCGCUG